AUGUUGAACAGAAUCAACAAAUCCUGUAUUCGCAAAUCUUCUUCCGUUCCAAAAAGUAUCCAAGAUCAAAACUUCUUGGUUUCUCGCUUUUUGGAAAAUUUUAUCAAGAUGCUUAUCUGUUCCUAUUGUGAGGAGCGUGAUUUUGGGUUCUGCAAGGUAUUCUCUGGAGACUCUUCUUGUUGUAUUGAAUGCAUUCAAUUGGGCUGCUCCAAGUACGAUGUUAUAAGCUCUUCUUUCGAGGAGCUUUGCAAUAUUGCUAUCUAA